GAAUGGCUUCAUGAUUUAAAAUAACUGAGAAGCCACUGGAUGGCCUCAAAGACUCAAAAAUAUAUGACUAAACACUACUUUUCUGUUCUGGAGUACCAAAACAUCACUCUGUGUAGGUCAACUCAAACUUUAAAGUCACAUGAUGGAGCCAUACGCGGGCUAAAAUUGCAACGUGUAUGGUUUGAAUUACAUGAAUCCAAGUUCCUGUUUCCUACAGAAGAACUGUGGUUUUUUGUUGUCUGAGUUUUCUAACUGAACACGUCACCACACACAGGAAGCCAAGUAUGCAUUAAAACUUAUUUUCCUCAUCAAUCUGAUCAUAAAGACAGCAUCAGCCUGUUGCAUCUGCAUUUUGUUUCACGGUUUGCAGGAACACCAAGCAACCUAAGUUCUUCACAAGAAUGGUCUCUCAUAAUAUGACCUGGAUGAAGUAUCCAAGCCAGAGCCGAGAUUCAUUCACAAGUUUUGAAGACAUCAUAUUCUCACAACAUGUAAUAUCAAGAUUUAUGCACUGCUAUAUUACGCUCUUUGUACCAACUGGUCUACUAGCUGGGAUUGUUAUUAUAGGCAUCCUCAUCAAGAACCAUAUGCAGCGCACCAAUGAGAAAUUAGAUAUAAUGCUUUUUGCUCACACCAUCAGCAACAUGUUAAUGAUUCUUUUAUCACUCACCAUCAUCACAAGGCCUGCCUACCUCAAAGCAUCCUAUUUUGAGUGUGGAACGCUGUCGUUUUUUUUCAACUUGAAUUACUUCAGCUCUCAGUACCUUCUUGUCCUCAUGGUGCUUAGCUUUUUUCUUUAUAGGCACCCACCCCAAAAUGCUUUAAUUAGUAAGGCACAUCAAAACCCUAUGGUAUCUGUUGCAUUUGCACUGAUAUGUGCCUUUUGUGCUGCACUAAUAGUGGUGGCACUGCUGGGCAUGGAGAAUUACCACAAAGAAACAGACUGCCAAUUAGAUCCUUUAUUUGCAUGGCCUGAAUACGAGAUUAUUAAAUUUACCUUUGGCUUCUGCAUUCCAUCUCUGGCCAAGCUUCUCUGCUUUAUUCUAAUGUUUGUUAAAAAAGUUCAGCCAGAAAUCCAUCCCUCAAGAUACAAUAUUCACCCUUAUUUGACUGUUUUGGUUAUUACAAUAACAAUGUUUGUGUGUCGUCUAUUUUACAACAGUAUGAUUCUCUCUAGGACCAGCUUGAAAAUACAGAGGACAAUAGGGACACCCCAAAAUGAGCUGACAAUGAAUAUUGCAGAGAUCCUGCUGUUCAGCGAAAGCUGUGUUAGUUUAGUUAUCAUUCUUUGCCUUCAUAAACCAUGCAGAAUCGGCUUAUUGAAUGCUAUAACUAAUCUCACAAAAGUUUGCAGGAGGAGACAUGCUAGUAACAGUCCUCUUGAAAUACCAGAGACUCAUACCGAAGUCUCAUCUGGGCCCUCUGAAAAUGGAUCACGCUGACCUUUGCCUUCCAAAAUAUUAGCAUUAAAGAAAAAAGCUACACAUCUGACAACAUACAGAACCUGAAGGAAUAAAAGAUUUGCAAGCUUAUUUAUUCUUACAACCUGAGGAACAAAUAUUCUCCAGCUGGGGCUGAAAGCUACAAUCAUAGUUACUUAAUGUUCCUCCUGUGUUGCUAUUGCACGUCGUUGUUAUGUACUGAUGUAUGGACAGCAGAGUGAACAACAGGAUAGACAACAUGGUCAAGAGCUUUUAUAUAAAUAAACUUUUCCAGGAUCAACAAAGGGGUAAUGAAUAUGGAAGACUGCAUGGGAGAGUGAAGGGAGAUCUUGAUAAAAGCAGUGUAUCACCUAGGAUUUGAUGUACAAGUUAUCAUGCACCAUAAUCCUUCAAUCCAUACAUUUUUAUACAUUCAUAAGGGAUACAAGUCACUUGAAGAAGGGCCCCUUUUUCUCUGUUCACCCAUCCUGGACCAACAAACACCACCCAUGGAAUUGUCUAGCCUAAGAAGCCUAGCUUUCAGAAUCCAGAUUGCUUGAUUGUGGAUGCUUCUAAAAGGCUUUCCAGUGUACAGAACUGAACAGCACUUUAAGGAACAACAGACAAAUUAGUUAUACUGAAUUAUAGACAUCGAGGCUCUGAGAUUAGAAGUUGUACCCAUCUUCAAAAAAGGGGGGGGAAGAGAAGAUUGAGGUAACUACCGAUCCGUCAGCUUUUCGAUACCAGGAAAGAUCCUAGAACAUAUAAUUAAAUGGUCAGUCUGUGACUACUUAGAAAAGGAUGCUGUGAUUGCGAAGACCCAGUAUGGGUGUCUCAAAAACAAGUCAUGCCAGACUCAUUUCUUCUUUUUGAUAAAGUUACAAGCUUGGUGGAUUGGUGAAUGCUGUGGAUGUGGUGUACCUUGAUUUCAAUAAGGCUUUUGACAAAGUCCCCUGUGAUAUUCUUGCAGAGAAGCUGGUAAACUGUUGGUUGCACAAGGUUACUGUUAGGUGGAUUUGUAGCUGGUUGACCAACAAAACCCAAAGAGUGCUCACUAAUGGUUCCUCAUCUUCCUGGAAAAAAGGGACAAGUGGGGUGCCACUUGGGAGGGUUCUGUCUUGGGUCUGUUGUUCAAUGUCUUUAUAAAUGAAUUGGAUAAAGGAGGUGAGGGGGUGCUCAUCAAAUUUGCAGAUGACACCAAACUGGGAGGGGUAGCUAAUGUCACAGAAGACAGAAUCAGAAUUCAAAAUAACCUUAAUAAAUUGCAGAACUGGGCCCAAGCUAAGAAAAUGAAUUUCAGUAGGGACAAAUGUAAGGUUCUAUACUUAGGCAGGAAUAAUCAGCUGCAAGAAUAUAAGAUGGGGUGUGCCAGACUUGUCAGUAGUAAAUGUGAAAAAGAUCUAGGGGUCUUGUUGGACCACAAGCUUAACGUGAGACAACAGUGUGAUGCAGCAGCAGAAAAGGCUAAUGCUAUUCUAGGCUGCAUCAACACAAGUAGAGUGUUCAGAUCAGGAGAAUACCACCACUAUAUGCAGCCUUAGUCAGACCACACCUGGAAUACUGUGUCCAAUUCUUAGCACCACAAGGAGGAUGUUGACAGGCUUAAAUGUGCGCAGAGGAAGGCAACCAAGAUGAUCAAGGGAUUGGAAACUAAGCUUUAUGAGGAAAGGUUGAAGGGGCUGAGUAGCCCAGAAAAGAGGAGACCGAGAGGAGAUAUGAUCUUCAAAUAUCUAAAGGGUUGCCACAUGGAGCUUGUUUUAUCCUGCUCCGAGGGUGGGACCCAAACCAAUGGAUUCAAGUUACAAGACAGGAGAUUCCGACUAAACAUUAGGAAAAACUUUCUGAUGAUAAUAGACUUCAUCAGAAGGUGGCAGACACGCCUUCAUUGGAGGUUGGAUGGCCAUAUGUCAUGGUCACUUUAGUUAAGAUUCCCACAUUGCAGGGGGGUAGACUAGAAUUGGGCCCAUUCCAAUUAUACAAUUAUAUCAUUCUGUAAGUUCCCUUAAAAAAAGUGGUUGCAUAAGGGGAUUGCUAUUUGCUAGAAGUGUGCAGUAUAUUCAAGACAGCCUAACUGCUGGGGAGUGGAAAUGGAAAAGGCCAUAUUCAGGGUGGGGUGGGACAUGAAUACAGGUUCUAAGCAGGACAGCUGUUCUGGGCUUGAGGUAAGUUAAUUAUUUCGGGUGCAGGCAGUGUUAAAUACAUAACAAUGACCAACAACAUGAAAGAUUUAACAUGAGAAUGGUACUAUUGAGGAUAAUAUGGUAUAGUAAGAUGAAAUGUGUCCUUGUGAUCAUGGUGAAUCACGCCUUUUUACAUGUUUUGGAGAAAACUGAAAUCAUGUCAAAAGUCAUAGCAAGCAAAAACCCAAAUGCAAGGAGGACAGUAGUUCUUUCAUUAAGAUAUGUAAUAAAUAACAGUCUAAGAGUUUCUUAACAGUAAAUGAGAUGAAUGUAAGGCAAGGCAUGAAAGAUCUAACAGGGUGUUGGAGCCUUUUUCUUUUCAUGCAUAGAGAGCUUUAUCUGCUGGUUCAAGGCUUACCUUGAAGCAGGGGGAGGCAACAUGCUGCCCAUCAAUGCUGUGAAUUCCAGCUCCCAUAAACCCCAACCACCCUGGCUGAUGGUCAGGAAUUAUGUGUCUUAGGGCAGGAAACUUUCUCUCCCAUAUGCUACUCUGUAAAGUGUCGUCUAUGGUAAUGGCACAAUGUACAACAUAAUAAUCAUUAUUAAUAAUGAUAGUUUGAUUUCUCAUCAGGAACACUGGCUUAUUCCAAAUACUUCUGGAAAUGAAAAGAGAAACGUAUGUCCAAGGCAAACUAUUGCUCUGGACUGUUUUUUUGGUAAUGACAAAGUGUAUCUUUGUUUCACCAACUUCCUACAACAAAAUCACACAUCAACUACUGCCACAGGCUGGACUUUGGGAUGUAGUAAACAUAUGUGCCAGGAAAGAACUCAGGGGAUUCUCUGUCUGAGAUAGCUCGCAAGAAAAUAUUUUAACAUUGUGUGCUUAUACAUUGCAAUCGUUGUUGGGGAAAUGUUAGAAGGGAUUUUGUAAGGAAGACACAUCAGAGCCUUUCAACAUCUAUGCCAACUAAUAUUAGGGAGCUGAGGCUAAGGUCUGCCCUCACUACAACAGGACCUCCAAGUGUAACACUUUACCUGAAUUGGGAAACAAUGAAGCGUUGUUAUUAUGGAAGGUAUUAAGCACGAACCCCACCCCUAGUGAUCCCAGCCAUUGAUUUUAAAAAAACUUUUUUCCUAUCUCUUCAUCUGCAUAGCCCUGCCCUGUGUUCCAUUUCUUGAUCCCACUAGAGUGUGACAGAAUGCUAGAAGCUACAGUGGUACCUUGACUUACGAACGACUUGACAACUGAAUUUUUCAACUUAUGAAUGGGGGUUAUGGCCGCACGCUUACGAAUGUCUCGACAUCCGGGAAAAAAACGCGGUGGUUUUAGAUAGGGAUUUUUUGACUUACGAAUUUUUAGAUAGGGUUGCUUUGACUUACGAAUUUUUCCGUUUCCAAUGCAUUCCUAUGGGAAAACGCAUUUCCAAUGGCGUUUUUCGACUUAUGAUUUUUCGACUUAUGAAGGUGCCUUCGGAAUGGAUUAAAUUCGUAAGUCGAGGCACCACUGUACUUUUUAUGUAUAUAUAAAGUUUAUGAUGAUAUGAUCAACAAGAAUCAAGAACUGUUUUUCAGCUAUCAAAAUGUGAACCAAAUUCAAGUUUUCUCAAUGCAUAUGGUUAAUAAAGGUUUCUAAAAAUAUUUCAGCAGUCUAAAUGAUCUUCCAAUUAUUACAUACCGUAAUUCAUUUUUAUAGCAAGCACAAGUAGGAUAUUAGAAGCAUUUUAGUGUGUGGAUGUUUGUUCCAGUCAUGGGGAAAAGCUGUCUACUUCUAUUCAGAUACAGUAGUGUUUUUUUUUCCUGCAGCAAUUAAGGAAAUGUUAUUAUAGUAAACCAUAAGCCAAAUGGAAAAUAACAUCACCCAUAUCCGAAAAAAGAUGAGUGAGAAUUAUUAGACUGAGUAUACUGAAAGUAUUCUAAGCCUGCAUUAGCUCUUUACCCGGAGCCUGUGGAGAUCUGAUGUGCUUUUAAUAUCCCAUUUUUCUGUAGUCUCUACAUUAUAAAAAAAUAAAUGGAAAGCUAUGGUUUAAAUUUCAGUAGGCUUGAAGAGGAACUAUGACUGAUACUUGUGGCAGAAUCAAGUACAUUGUUGUGUUCUACCCAAGAGAUAAA